AUGAGACUUCUUAAUCUUUUCGCCGCUCUGGCGAUUUUCAACACCCCUGCGACGAUUUGUUCGCAGCCAUCCUUCAACCUUUCCGAUAUCAGUGAGUGGCAAGUCCCUGGUCGCAAUGGAUCAGCGCCGCCCCAGCUCCUCCUAAAGAUGUCGAUUCUUCAUGGGGGCGCCCCCCACGAUGCUGCCCGUCUCCUUCCUCCAAACCUUCCAUCAGCAGUCCGACCUACUUACCCAGAAGGUCGGACACCCUGCCCCUCCUCUGACGGAUGCUGCAUGGUUGGAAUAUACUGCACUACAAACACCCCGGGCCAAUCAGGCUGCAGUCCAAAUACCACGAUCGAUUUUGUUGUCACGCACAUCGAAAAUGGUCUUUCCAUCCCCGCUGGGACCUCCCGUGGGAUCUCGCCUAUUGCCACAGGCUCCUCUUCGAAGUUGCGUGUACCAACGAUUCUUAGCACAUUCACUGCCACCUACCAAUUCGUAUUGUCCGGGUUUCUGAGCUUGGCCAAUUCGAAGACGGUCAAACCUCAAGACGAAACGGGAUCGGACCAUACAUCCUCUAUAGAGAACCACCGAUGGGCCGUCGACCCAAACGAUGGCCGAGUUGUGGAAAGAUUUGUUCCACCCAAUUUUGACAAAGAUGCCUGGUUGGACGACUAUGAAAAAAGGCCGAAACCUAAGUGCGAUCGGAAUGCGGCACCUAGAUCGGUGUCGAACCCUUUUACCUACCCAGUGGUGGCCAUCGGGAACAUGUUUCGAUCGUUUGGAAGCAUCGAUGCACGACCAGUGAUCGCCAACGACACCGCAACUCAAGAUGCAGAACCUCUCAAAGGCCUUGGGCUUGGUAGUGCUUUGUAUGACAUGUGGAUCCGGUGCAUGGCAAUGAUGGACUGA